UCCGCGGGGACAGCGCGGCGGCGGCGGUGCCACAGUCACAGCUCCGGUCACAGUCCCGGCCUCGGACCCCGCCGCUCCCUGCCUGCUCCUCGGCCGCCCCACGGCCGCCGCCCCGCCGCCGCUGUCCUGCUGCUGCAACGCCGCCGUCUCCUUCUCCUCAUGAAGCCCGUCGUCGUCUUCGUCCUCGGCGGGCCCGGGGCGGGCAAGGGGACGCAGUGCGCUCGCAUCGUGGAGAAAUAUGGCUACACACACCUAUCUGCUGGUGACCUCCUCCGGGAUGAGCGGAAAAGGCCGGGCUCCCAGUACGGAGARCUCAUYGAGAACUACAUCAAGGAGGGGGAAAUCGUACCAGUUGAAAUAACCAUCAGCUUGCUGAAGAGGGCUAUGGAUCAAACAAUGGCUGCCAAUUCCCAGAAGAACAAGUUUUUGAUUGAUGGAUUUCCCAGGAAUGAAGAUAAUCUUCAAGGCUGGAAUAAGACUAUGGAUGGAAAGGCGGAUGUUUCCUUUGUUCUCUUUUUCGAUUGUGACAAUGAGAUAUGCAUUGGCCGCUGUCUUGAAAGAGGCAAGAGCAGUGGUAGGAGUGAUGAUAAUCGGGAGAGCCUGGAAAAGAGAAUUCAUACAUAUCUGCAGUCUACUAAGCCUAUCAUAGAUUUGUAUGAGAGAAUGGGAAAAGUCAGAAAAGUGGAUGCCUCUAAAUCUGUUGAUGAAGUUUUUGAAAAAGUUGUACAAAUUUUCGACAAAGAAGGCUAAUUCCCAGCUUGAAACGUCAUUUAAACUUGUGCUUGAAUCUUGCUUGAAUAGCUGCUACUGCAGUCCACUCUUUGUAAUUAUUUUAAAAGAUUUUUUAUUUUUUUUUCACAUAUCUAAUGAUGAUUGGAAAAGCAGUUGAUUAGGAAUGKAUCUGCUUUUUAAAUAGGAAAUAAUUUCUUGUGGCUAUUGUAUACAAGUUUCAGGGUUCUCCGCUAGUGCAGGUUCAGUUACUCACAUGGCAGAAUCACAUCUUUCUGAAGAAACUUUAUUYUUCCACAGUUGUGUGCCUGUCAUGGGCAGUCCUUCUUCUUCCUUAUUGCCAUACACCUACUUGUUGUUUUUAAGGAACAACUGAACAGCAGCAUUAAGCAAUGAAGGAUCCAUGUACCCUUUCUUUGUUUUUUGGAUGCUUGGACCAAAUUUAGCAGGGUUGUUUUUUUUCCAAAGUAUUAUCUUGUCCAAAAUUCCAUUAUAUCCCCAAACCUGAAUUCUUCAAGUCAAGCUACAGUUAGUAUGAGAAUUUGUUUUAGCAGUUCUUGAAAAACUAUUAAAUAUGCUUUUCAGGAAUAGACACAUAAAGUACUUUAUGGAAAGUGGUGCUUCCUUAUGACUCUGGAUGUAAACUGUCUUGUAAGUUCUUGGAUGACGUGGCCUUGGAUUCUACCUUGUUUUCAUUUGCAAAAGAUUAAGAACGUCGGUUUAGUAUUUCAAUACUCAUUUAUCCUAAAUGAUAGUUAUGUUGUUAACUGCAGURUGGUCUUCACAAGAUGGCAAAGCUCUUAGAUAAUAAGAUUAGUGAGUAAGCAAAAUCUUCUAACAGUUCUGUCUUUUGUAACAAGUGGAAGGCUUUUUCUUUAUUAUUAUUGAAAUACUGUGUUACCAAAUGCUUUAAGGUUUGUUACCUGGGGAAAUAUUUUUAUGGUUAAACUAGUGAAUUUGUUUCCCUAAAAAUGUGUACUUUUAAUAGCUGUUUGUUUGAGAAGUUUGUAAGUUAUUGCACUUUUGUUACGAUGUAGUCAGCUGAGGGGAAGAGAACUGCGGACAAAAGUUUCAUUCCCUGAAACAGAGUCCUGCCUUCACUUGUUCUCUUGAAUUAGCCAAGUGCAGUCAGCAGCAAUAGCUGGGGUGAGCAGGGAUCUGAUUGAAGCAAACUGGUUGAAAUGUUUGCACAGAUGUGGUGCAAUUUUGUCUUUUGUUUAAGCUUUUCUGUCCCCUGUAUAGUAAGGAUAGGUCUGGGGGGCCCAGCCAUGCAUUCCUUGCAUGCCCUAAGCUUCCACUGAAGGCCUGAAGAUGAGAGUUUUAACUAAUUUUAGUGAUAGAGUGGUUGUUCCUUCAUUAACUGACGCUGUAAUUGGUCUGUGUAAUGCUAAUUACACAGAACUGCAAUUUGGAAAUCUUGGUGUUCAGCUUUAGUAAUGACUUUCUCUGUUUAGGAAAAGGUUUAAAUUAAGCUUAGCUUUUAAUUAGAAUCAGAUGUGUUGGUCCUCAUCCUGCAGUCAGAUCUGUAUUUUCAGGAAUUCUCAUCUCGCCRAGGUUGUUGAGGCUGCUGGACUGAAACAGAGAUGAGUACAGAAACAAGGGUAAACUGCAGUAGCUUUUCUACUCUGAUAGGAGUUCAGGCAAUAGACUGGCCACAAAUAGCUGUUUACUACUGCAGGAUAUAUGGACCAUGACUGCUUUUGUGAGUGUGGGAGGCUGAUGCUCACUCUUUAUGAAUUUCCUCUAUAAAAAGAAAAGACAACUUGGAAUUUAAUUCUUACUCUAUAAGAACGGUGACAUGGAUAGUAUCCAACAAAACUGCRUGUUUUAACAUGAAGGUUAGAAUCAGUGUUUUUCCAAAAAUAUUUCAGACUGGAUUCUUUAAUCCAAUUAGAGAUAUUUAAUUCACUCUUGUUUCUAAAUUAUUGAUUUUUACAAGUUCUGCUUAGAAUAGAGUAUCCCAUUUUCUCUCAUCAUAUAAUUUUCUGUGUAUUUAAGUGCUGAAACAAAAAAAAAAACAAAACCUUCUGGAGCAAGUUUUAGAAAAGCACCCAACAAUAUUUUGGCAAUAUUGAAUUUGGAGUGGAUUGUAAUGUGUCUGUGCAAGGACUAGAUUUUUUUGUCAUUUUAUUUAUUAAAGAUGCCAUUAAAUGUGUUACCACUUUUUUCAAGAUGGACUUCUGAUUGAAAUAAAGAUUAAAGGCAAUAUGCCAAUGUGUUGUGUCCAUUUAGCAGCAAAAGUGUAUAAAGAAUUUGAGGAGAUCCAAUAAACUUUGUUCUGUGGCUUAAUGAA